AUGGGCUACUGCACUGAGGCCAAAGGACCUAGACCAGUCUUCCGCAGUGAGAAAAGAAGAAAAGGUGAACCUGUUGGACUGAUUGAUGAACUCCCAGAGGGAGCAGUAAAACCUCCAGCAAACAAGUACCCUAUCUUCUUUUUUGGCACCCAUGAAACGGCAUUUCUAGGUCCCAAAGACCUUUUUCCAUAUAAAGAAUACAAAGACAAGUUUGGAAAGUCAAACAAACGGAAAGGAUUUAAUGAAGGAUUGUGGGAAAUAGAAAAUAACCCAGGAGUAAAGUUCACUGGAUACCAGGCAAUUCAGCAACAGAGCUCUUCAGAAACGGAGGGAGAAGGCGGAAAUACUGCAGAUGCGAGCAGCGAGGAAGAAGGUGAUAGAGUAGAAGAAGAUGGAAAAGGCAAAAGGAAGAAUGAGAAAGCCGGCUCAAAACGGAAAAAGUCAUACACUUCCAAGAAAUCCUCUAAACAGUCCCGGAAAUCUCCAGGAGAUGAAGAUGACAAGGACUGCAAAGAAGAGGAAAACAAAAGCAGCUCUGAGGGCGGAGACGCCGGCAAUGACACGAGAAACACGACUUCAGACUUGCAGAAAACCAGCGAAGGGGACACAAGGUCCACAUUUGAGAGUGAGGACAGGAAGAAGUAUUGGAAGUUUCAAGAGAGAGGAGAAGGGAUAAAAUAGUCACUUAGAAGAAGAGAAGAGUGGACGCACUUGGGAAAGGAAGUUGAAUUGCCAGGCAGUGGCGAGGGCCCGCUUGAGACCUAACUACCGUGAAUGCUGCAUAUUAAGAGAAACCACCAGAAGGUUGUGCGUUUGGUUGUCUAAUAUUCUUGGAUUUGAUAUGAACCAACACAGUCCUUGUUGUCAUUGACAGAGCCCCAGUUUGUAUGUGCAUUAUUCAUUCCUCUCUGUUGUGUUUGGGGAAAGAAAAAAAAGACAUUGAGCCUUUUUUAAGGUUAUUGAUUUAAUUUCAUGUUAUUUGGUUGCAUGAAGUUGCCCUUAACCACUAAGGAUUAUCAAGAUUUUUGCACAAACUUAUACAUGUCUAGGGUCCUUUUAUCAAGGCAGUUAAGUUCACAAUUCUCCUGCCUUUACUCCACCAUCACCAAACACUCAGUUAAACAUAAAUUCGCAUUUUUUAAAAAUGACCACUCAAUGAUGCGUGUUUCCUCUCUAUAACAGAACCCAGGAACCAUUCCUAGAUACGUAAUGCUGGCACAUUGAAGAUGGAAUUAGGAUCGUCCUUCAGUUUUGAGGCCAUGUGUAAAGUUUAAUCAUAUUGUAAAAUAUCUAUUCUGUAUUAGAAAUAGCUAGUUGACAGCUUAUACUUCUCAAAACUCAUGUCGUUAUGUACUCAAACUCAGUUUCUAUAUGUGAAGUCAGUGAGUCUUUUUGUGUUACUCCAAAAUAAAGGCAACAUUUAUUUUUUCCCACUGCCAGUACAGUUUGAGCGAAUCACUCAAGGUGGGUACUUUCCAUUUUAAAGCUGGAAUCAGCAGUAGCCCUAUGGGAAACCAGACAAAGCAUUGACUUUUAAAUAUAGACUUUUAAAAUGGAUUUGUUGUUUUCUUUCAGAACUAGAACUAGAAUAGUUACUAUCCAUCCACAAACCAUCAUUACGUGUACAUUGUUGCUAUUGUGAUAAUAGAGAAUUUUAUUUAUUUUUAUGCCAGCUUCUAUUGUGAGAACACAUUUAGUCAGUUUUGGGUUUUAUCAAUCCUGUUAUGCUUGUCCUUGGAACAUCUUUCGCGUAUUCGAGGUUUGUAGUUGAAAGUUUACUGUAAAAAAAAAAAUCAAAAACAAAAAAAUGUAUUGUUUUUACAGAAUAAAUUUAUUGGAAUGUGUACUGGGAGUAAGAUUUGAGGUUGUAAACAACUAAGUUAGUGUAAUUUGGCUUUAUAUAUGUAAUGUGAGGUAUUAAUGUAAUUCAUAUAUUAAAGCAAAAUUUGUUAACAGCAAAUUGACAAUAGAA